CUAAUCACGCUGCCGCAGACGCUUUGUCAGUCUCGACGCUCGAGCCGGUACUCUCUAAUCCAACAAUCCGAUCAAUCACGCAUCCACACUAAUCAGGCAGUGACUCAUCUGACUAGUACGUGAACGGAAGGAAGAACAGUAUUACAUGACUCACAUGUCCGAUGGAUCCGUGCAGGUGUCGAACUUGACUGUAAUCUCAGCGUACCCGUCGCACAUCACAACAUGUUGCCGCUCGAUUCUGGAGUACUUAACAUGAUGCAAAGGCCUGGGGUGUGAUAACUAUCAGCAAGCUCAAUCAUUCAAGGUUUCAAUGGCGAUUCUCAUUGCAUGCACCUUUAUUGUCUUGGCCACCAUCUGGAUUGUGAAGCAACGAUAUCAUGCCGCAAGGCGGUUGCCAUUACCACCUGGACCACCUGGACGUUGGCUUUUAGGAAAUGCAAUGCCAAAGUCAUAUGCGCCGUUUCAAUUCGCGAGAUGGACAGAACAAUACGGACCUGUGUUCUCGCUCAAGCAAGGCCAUAGGAUUUUCGUGAUUAUAGGACGUCAUCAGGCUGCAGUGGAUAUCAUGGAAAAAGAGGGAGCAAAUCUUGCCGACCGCCCAAGUUCUAUUGCAGUCCAAGACACAUUAUCUGGUGGGUUGAGAAUUAUUCUCGAAGGCAGUGGUGAGAGAUUGCGCCGGCUGCGCAGGGCCUUGCAUGCAGGCUUGCAACCCAGGGUUGCGGAGACCUACGAGCCCAUCCAGACCAGACAUUCGAAGAAUCUGGUUCUGGAUAUCUUAAAUGAUCCAAAGAACCACCAAGGUCAUGCCAUGCGUUAUUCAGCUUCUGUGGUUAUGUCCUUCACCUAUGGAAAAACUACUCCGACUUCAUACACAGACCCUGAAAUCGUUGCCGUCAAUCGGUCUCUUGCGCAUUUUGGUCAAGCUAUCCAGCCGGGAGCCUACCUUGUGGAUACGUAUCCAAUCCUGCGCUUCAUCCCAGGCUACCUAAGUCAGCUGAAGGCAUGGCACCAAGAAGAACUCGCUCUUUUCAAUGGGCAGUUGGACGCUGUGCGAAGACAAAUGCGUGAGGGGACUGCAAGGGCAUCAUUUGCGAGGUUCAUAUUAGAACACCAAAAACAGUACCAGCUCGAAGACAAGCAACUGGGAUACAUUGCGGGAGGAAUGUUUGCCGCCGGUUCUGAUACGACUGCGUCCGCAAUCACAAUCAUGAUGAUGGCCGCGGCCAUUCACACAGAUGCACAGGCUCGCGUACAAGAGGAACUUGAUGACGUCGUGGGGCGUACACGGUUACCCACAUUUGCUGAUCAGGAAAUGCUGCCGCAGGUUACCGCGUUCAUGCUCGAGAGUCUCAGGUGGAGACCUGUCAGUAUUGGAGGCUUUGCGCAUCGCGCGACUAAGGACAUAAUUUGGAACAACUACCUCAUUCCUGCAGAACCACACCAGUUUAAUCCUCAGCGUUGGAUCGACGAUGCAGGUCGUGUGCGCAGUGAUCUCAAGUUUUUCACUUUUGGCUUCGGCCGUCGAGUGUGUCCUGGUCAACAUGUCGCGACCCGGUCCAUCUUCAUCAAUACGGCUCUUAUUCUCUGGGCUUUUCGCCUUUCUGAGAAUCCUGCAGCAAAGAUUGACACGCUUGCAUUCUCAGACACUGCAACCAUACAUGCUGCUCCGUUUGAGCUAUGUUUGGAGAAGAGGAUCGAUGAGAAUGUGAUCAGGGAACUAUGCGCACCGGAGGAGUAAAAGGCGUUUAUCUAGGAACUUGAAAGUUCUAAUAAGUACAUGGUAAUGUAGGGAUUGAAUUCACUAAAAGGUUGUGUCCCUUGAAUGGCCUUCCUACCACUGCUCUGUUUUCCACGUCCCAGAUUCGCAGGGUUUUAUCCUUUGAAG